CUAACUGCACCACAACACAACGAUAUCCAAGAUCCCAACACAAGCGCAACCCAUGGAACACUCCUAGAAUCUCAGCCCUUACAUAAUUACAUAGUUGGAGACAAGAUUAGUUUUUUUGUUCUUUAGUUUCAGUUAACACUAAAAAUGCAAAUUUUAUAUAGUUGUUUAAAUAUUUUAUGGGGGAAAUAUAUUCAAAAAAUAAUAUCUUAAAACUGAACCGACCUACAUAUAAAAGCACCGCCUUGGUAGCGUCGUCGUUUUGGCCACACCCAGAGUUAAUAAGGGAGAGAACAUGGACGAGGACCAAGAGAUGGACCGAUUCGGAAUGGACAACGAUUUCGAAGGCGGCGAAUGGAUUGCCGGCGAGUAUUACUACCGGAAGCGCAAAGAGAAGCAUGCACAAACCAAAGACGAUGUGCUCUAUGGAGUUUUUGCCGACUCCGACGAUGAUUAUUCCAGCAGAAAACGCCGCAAAGAUCGCAGUAUGUCCAAAAAGCAAGACCUCACCAAACCGGUGAAUUUUGUCUCUACAGGUACUUUUAUGCCUAAUGAGGAGAUUGAUAAGAAUUCUAGAGAGAAGGAUGAGGAUGAGAGGGAUGGUGAUGUUAGUGAUGGUAGGCCUGGUUUAGGUCUUGGUAUGGGGGGAUUAGGGUCUGCUAGCACAUCAGGGUCUGGUUUAGGGUUUAAUUCCGGUCGUGCUGCGGGCAAUGGUUCUGAUAGAAACAAUGAUGAGUCGGAUGAGAAUGAUGAUGAGAAGUUCUUGCCGACGGCGUUUGGGAAGAUGAUUAAGGAGGGGGCAAUGAGGAGGGAAAGGGAGAGGCAGAUGGAGAGAAAGGAGAAGAAGAGAGGGGACAGGCAGGGUGCUGCUGGUCAGGAUGUAUCGGGUGAUGUGGGGAAAUUCGAGAAGCAUACUAAGGGAAUAGGGAUGAAGUUGUUGGAGAGGAUGGGUUAUAAAGGGGGUGGUCUUGGGAAGAAUGAGCAGGGUAUUUUGAAACCUAUUGAGGCCAGAUUGAGGGCUAAGAACUCUGGUCUUGGGUUUAAUAACGAGACUCCGGCUGCGCCGUUGCCUGCUUUGCAGGUGGAGAGCCAGAGUGUGUCUGAAGCUGCCCAGCCGACGGUUGGUAGGACGAAAGAGAGGUCGUGGUCAAGGCAAUCGAGGUCGAAGAAGAAGCAAAAGGAGGAAGAAUAUGUAACUGCCGAGCAGUUGUUGGCGAGCAAGCAAGAAGAAGAUUCUGAAGUUGUUCACAGGAUUUUAGAUAUGAGGGGACCGCAGGUUCGAGUGUAUACAAAUUUGUCUGACUUGAAUGCUGAGGAGAAAGCAAAGGAAAGAGAUGUCCCGAUGCCAGAACUUCAGCAUAACGUAGGGUUAAUAGUUCGGUUGGCCGAGGCUGAGAUCCAAGAGAUUGAUAGAGAUUUGAGGAGAGAGAGGGAGACAGCACUUAGCUUGAAAAAAGAAAAGGAGAAGUUAGAAAGUGAGGCAGCAUUUCAAAAGAAGCAGCUGGAUGGUUUUGAGAAAAUAAUGGAUGUGUUGGACCAAAUCGGAGAAGAGAACACUGCAGGAACAUUAACACUGGAUUCCCUUGCCCAAUGCUUUAGGGAGUUGCACCAGAAAUAUGCUGAUAACUACAAGUUGUGUAAUUUAUCAUGCAUUGCUUGCUCGUAUGCCCUGCCUUUGUUUAUUAGAGUGUUCCAAGGAUGGGAUCCUCUUCGAAAUCCAUCCCAUGGGCUGGAGUUGGUAUCACAGUGGAAGACAUUGCUUCAAGGAGAAGAUUGUCUCGACAUUUGGGAUGAUUCAUCACCUUAUGCUCAGUUGGUUUCAGAGGUUGUGUUGCCAGCUGUUAGAAUAUCUGGUAUCAAUACCUGGCAGGCACGGGAUCCUGAGCCAAUGCUGCGGUUUCUGGAGUCGUGGGAAAAGUUGCUUCCUUCUUCAGUUCUUGCAACUAUAUUGGACAAUAUAGUCAUGCCAAAACUGUCAAGUGCUGUAGAUACUUGGGAACCACAUCGUGAGACCAUUCCUAUCCACACUUGGGUGCAUCCAUGGUUACCUCUGCUAGGGCACAAGUUGGAGGGUAUCUACCAGGUGAUUCGUUUCAAAUUGAGUACUGUUCUUGGUGCGUGGCACCCAAGUGAUGGUUCUGCGUAUGCUAUUCUGUCUCCUUGGAAGACUGUAUUUGAUUCUGUAAGUUGGGAACAACUUAUGCUUCGUUUUAUUGUACCAAAGUUGCAGCUUGUCUUGCAAGAAUUCCAAGUGAACCCAGCAAAUCAAAAUCUUGAUCACUUUUAUUGGGUAAUGAACUGGGCUUCAGCUAUUCCAAUUCAUCUCAUGGCUGAUAUGAUGGAGAAAUUCUUCUUUUCCAAGUGGCUUCAGGUUUUGUAUCAUUGGUUGUGCUCAAAUCCCAACUUUGAAGAAGUUACAAAAUGGUAUUUGGGAUGGAAAGAACUUAUUCCAAAAGAACUUUUGGCAAAUGAAAGUAUUCGAUUCCAGCUUAAUCGCGGUCUUGGUAUGAUGAAUCAGGCUGUUGAAGGUAUGGAGGUGGUCCAACCCGGUUUAAAGGAGAAUAUAAGCUAUCUUAGGGUACUUGAGCAAAGACAAUUUGAGGCUCAGCAGAAAGCAGCCUAUGCUCAACAACAAGCUGCUGCAAGCUUGGGCGGUGCUGUCAAUGCUGAUGGUGCGCAUGAGUUGAGCUUGAAAGAAGUCAUUGAGGCCCAUGCUCAGCAACAUGGUUUACUAUUCAAGCUCAAACCUGGUAGAAUGCACAAUGGUCACCAGAUAUAUGGGUUUGGUAAUGUCAGCAUAAUAAUAGACUCUCUAAAUCAAAAGGUAUAUGCCCAAAAUGAGGAAACAUGGUCUUUAGAAUCUCUUCAAGGAUUGGUAGCGUUGCAUCAUAAAUCCCUUGGUAAAAGACGCUGAAUCCUGUGUAGCAAUUUGAAGUUACAUCUCAGUUCUGAGGUACUCUAUCUAGGUUUCUUGUAUGAGUUGUUUUCUCUUUAUUACUGUUGUAGACUCAGGAUGUUGUGAGUUUCUUAUGUUUUGUUUUUGAAACUUUAUGUUUGAUAAUAAGGGGAAUAGGUAGAUGUAGAGUGAUGGAUGAAAUGGGAUUUGGAGCCAAAUUCUUAAAUUAGUUGCCAUGUUCACUACAAUUUAUUUUAAUUUCUAGGUUGGUUGACAACGUGAAUCAAAUGACGCCUGUCAUUUUGCUCUAUCAAAAAUCCAAUUUUGUUUGUAGAGAACAUUUACAUAAAGGUCUAUCUUAUUGGUUUUUUUCUUA